UAUGUUAGUUAGAGGUAUAAGGAAAGAAUUGAGAGGCAAUAUUAUUGUGAGAUGUUUGGAUGGAAAUGAGAUUGAGCGCGCAGAAAUAAUGAAGUACUUGGGCAUAAUUAUUGAUGAUAGACUUAGAUUCAGCGGUCACUGUGAUUACAUGCUAAAGAAAAUAAGUUUUUUAAAUAGAAUAGGGAACUUUAUCUCGGCUUACACUAGAUGUACGAUAUACAAGACAAUUAUAGCACCUCACUUUCGAGUAUUGUGCGACGCUACUAAUAGAUAUGGGAGAUACACAGUUAAGUAGGCUCCAAAUAGCGCAAAAUAGAGCCAUGAGCGUCAUAUUGCAAUGUGACAGACGUACCAAAGUCAAAUGUAUGCACCAAGCGUUGUAAUUAAUGACCAUAAGACAAAGGCUGUAUUACAAUAUGUGCAUGUUUAUUUUUAAGAUCUUAAAUAAUAUGAUGCCGGAGCAAUUUAGUAAUAGACUUAUGCCCGUUUCUACCAACUUGGGGUUAACUAUGGUUUAGUGAAACUUCGGUUAAAAUUAACUCUUAGUUUAAUAUUGAUUGGUUUCUACGAGUGAAGUAUCUGGAACGUUUAACUAAACUUAUAGCAUGUUUGAUGUAACUCUGGAAGCACUAGAAUGUAGAACGUUGAUUGGUUCAAUAAUUGUUCUAACGGAACUGUGAUACAUAUCUUAUAAAAAAAGCGUACAAUUAUCAUAAGUGCAUAAUUAUUAUAAGAAAAAUGAGUGAAAGAAAAUUAAGUGUGCAACGAAAACGUGCGCAAAAUUUUUCCGAAAAGGAAAAACUAAUUUUAACAGAAGUAAUGUUAAAAUAUAAAAAUAUUAUAGAAAAUAAAAGAACUGAUGGAGUAACCUCAAAAGAUAAAGAAAAGUGUUGGAAGCUAAUAGAAAAUGAUUACAAUAGUACAUCUUCUUCAACAGAAUUUAGAAAUGCGGAAGUUCUAAAAAGUUGUUGGGAGAAUCUAAAAAAAGACACGAAAAUUUUUUGCUGAUGAAAGGAUGAAAUUAUAUAAAACUGGUGGAGGGCCAUGUGAAUUCCAAUCAAAUAUAUUGAUGGAACGUAUACGUGACAUUAUUAAACCUUCUGUUGAAGGCAUCAUAAAUACUUACGAUAGUGAUGCUAUAGAAGAACAAAGUGCAAAUGUGUGCAACAAAAAAGCUACAAAGACAAAUUCAUGUGAGACGUUAUCAGAUACUACUGAAAUGGAGGAGUGGCUUGAUGACUACAAUGAUCAAGAUCUUUUACAGUACCUACAACAAAAUAAUGGUGAUAUAAAACAAGAUUCGUUUGAUAACGAUGCACAUGAAAUGACAACAUAUAAUAAGGAAAAUGAUGACAUAAUUGAUAACGAGAGUGCAUCAGAUGUUAACGGAAAUAGCCCGUUUUUUACGAAUAAUAAACAACACUUUCUUAAAAAGAAUAAUACCCAAAAUAGAACAAAACCAGAAAAGCAAGAUGUACAGAAAACAUCCGCAGUACAAAUAUUAAAACAAAAAAUAAGUACUCCACUUCAAGUCAAAGCCAAUGUUAUAGAUGAGCAAUAUAAAUCGAGAAAACUCAAUAGACAAGACAAACCAUAUAAGAAAAAUGAAGAUACUGUUACUUCAAAAAAGUUACAAUUUGACAUGUUAACAGAAUCAAAAAUCAAGCUUGCAGAAUGUAUGACAGAAGAUUUUAAAGCAAAAAGUGAAAUAGAAAUGCAAAUCUUAAGUAGACGAUUAAGGAAAGAAGAAUUAGAAAUACAGAUAUUAGAAAAAGAGUUGUUAUUACAAGAGCACAGAUUACAAAGAGAGGUGCAACAAAAAAACAUCAUCUAACAUUUAAUAGAAAUAAAUU